CUAGUAGUUGGUGAUAUAUAACGUUCGGCACCAGUGAAGUGCUUAACUCUCCUGGAGUAGGCUAGUGUGCAGUGUGGUGUCCGUGUUCUCGCACUUGUGAUCAGUCAUGGCCGCGAAGCUGACCCCCAAGUCUGUGAUAACCGCUGCCCCCGCAAUGAGGAUGCCCGUGAUAGGGCUCGGCACUUUACAGGCGAAAGAUGAAGUAAUAGAAAAAGCCAUAGUCGAUGCCGUGGAGGCUGGGUACAGACACAUCGACACAGCAUACAAUUAUUACAACGAAAAGGCUAUCGGAAAGGCGCUGAAGGCAUUGUUCGAUUCGGGAAAGAUCAAGCGAGAAGACUUGUUCAUUACAUCAAAGCUCCCUAGGACCGCUAUGCGACCCAACCUCGUACAGGAAUAUCUAGGCCGCUGCUUAAGAGACCUUCAGUUGUCCUAUGUGGACCUCUACCUGAUCCACCAUCCUGUGGGUUUCGAGCCCUGCGAAGAAGCUGUACCUGUGGAUGCUGAAGGAAACGUCAGACUGGAUCUCACAACAGACCAUGUAGCCAUGUGGAAGGCAAUGGAGGCGCAAGUAGAUGCGGGUCGGGCGAAAGCCAUCGGGAUAUCCAACUUUACCAUUCCACAAGCGGACAGGAUAUUAAAGAACGCCCGGAUACCUCCAGCUGUCAACCAGGUGGAGUUUCACCUCUACUUCCAGCAGAAAGAAUUACAAGCUUGGAGCAAAAAAAGUGGCGUUCACCUUACUGCGUACUCCACCCUCGGCUCUCCUGGUAUGGUUGCUACAUUGAAAUCCCAAGGAAAAAUUGACCAGAAUAAGGAGUUGAAUCCUGUAUCAGACCCUGUGGUGGCAAGGAUUGCUAAAGAUCACAAUAAGACCCCAGCUCAAGUGUUGUUAAGGCACAUCCUUCAACUGGGUGCCGUGGUCAUUCCUAAGAGCACCAACCCUGAACGCUUGAAGGAAAAUCUGCAGGUGUUUGACUUUGAGCUGACCGACGCCGAGAUGUCUGAGCUUAACGCACUUGAUAAAGGAGAGCAAGGCAGAAUUUUUCACUUACCAAGUAUCACCAAGGGAUACGACAAGCACCCUGAAAACCCUUAUCCCAAGUUGUAGCCUGGAAAGUAUAGAAUUCGUAGUGUGAACAUCAUAAUUCUGGACAAUGUAAAUUUUCUUUGGUCUUUGUGAAGAACAAUGUUGACUAUGAAGAGUACAGGUAUAUAUUGAUUUUAUAUUUUGUUACUGCACUUAUUUACUAGUAAGAGAAACAGUUUAGCUAGCAAAAUAAAUGCAGUUUGAGUGUAUAGAACAAUAUUGAGGCUUAUUAGGAUUUAAAAUUAAAUUAGCCAUGUUAUAUUCAAUUUAAACUUAUUGUAAAUGCUUGAAAUUACUACAAUUUUGUUUGAUUAAUAAAUAAGAUUUUUAUUUUUCCAUAUUAUUGUAUUAUUUAAAUAUGGAAAGUAAUUUAAAAGUACUAUAUGAAAUAAGGUUACAGUUAACAACACCACUCUAGGCCUUGGAAUAUUUGUGCAGUGAUUGAAUAUUUCUCAAUCACUACACAAGCCCCCCCCCCCCCAGUGACAUUUGUGGGAAGCUCAAGUUAAACAAAGCUAACUAAAACUUGACUAUAAGCUUUAUCUGGAUGUCUAAAACUCUAGACGUUAAAUAUGUAUGCUGCAUUUGUUUGUAAUAUAACUAAUUUUAUUUCGCAUUUA